UUUGAGAAUUGUGCUGUAAAGAUGCCUCGUUAUGAUGAUCGGAUGGGAAAUAGCACUCGUCUCUAUGUGGGACACUUGUCUUCACGGACCCGUUCACGUGAUCUGGAGCGUGCGUUCAGUAAAUAUGGGAGGCAUUUGCCUGGCCUGAAGGUCAAUCUUGAGAGGGUGGCCUUGGUGGAAUUGAUGGGAAGUCUUGCCGGGUUUUAGGGGACUUCGGUGAUUCUUUCUAUAAUGGCCUUGGUGGAGUCUUGCCCGGUUUUAGGAGACUUUGGUGGUCCUUUCUAUAAUGUCUUUGCGUAUUUUUAUGGAAUUCCCAACAAUCUCAAACUGGUGUAUAGUUCGUCUUGAGGGGCAAGUGUUCAUGAACUUCCUGUGCUUAAGUAAGUAAUGAUGGCCUUACUGUUUCUGGCAACCAUUUCCGCAGAGUACGGGAUGUGGACAUGAAGCACGACUAUGCCUUCGUAGAAUUUAGUGAUCCUCGAGAUGCUGAUGAUGCAAGAUACUAUUUAGACGGCCGUGACAUUGAUGGACGCCGCAUAAUUGUUGAAUUUGCCAAGGGAGUGCCACGUGGACCAGGUGGUUCGCGCGAGUAUCUUGGCAAAGGACCCGCUCCUGGGUCAGGCCGCUGCUUCAACUGUGGGCUUGAAGGUCACUGGGCUCGAGAUUGCAAAGCUGGGGAUUGGAAGAACAAGUGUUAUCGAUGUGGAGAAAGAGGUCACAUAGAAAGGAAAUGCCCAAAUAGUCCUAAAAAAGUCAGUAGACGCAGCUACUCACGGUCGCCUGUUAGGUCAAAGUCACGCUCACGUUCACGUUCUCCUCGUCGAAGUUAUAGCAGAAGUCGCAGCUAUAGUCAAUCAAGAUCCCCGCCACCAAAGAGAGAACAAGUGGACCAGGUCAAGCGAUCAAGAAGCUACAGUAGGAGCCCGGAGCCAAGGAAGGCUAGUCCAAGCCCUCCACCCAAGACUAGGAAGCGCAGCCCAACACCUGAAGAGGGAAGCCCGAUGGAAGCAAAGAGCCCUCCUUCACCAGUGAGAGAAGAAGGUGCCUAUAGCCAAAGCCCCAGAGAGAGAAGCGUGAGUCCUUCAAGUCCUAGAAGGGAUAGCCCAACUCCUCGAAAGUAUGAUGAUGACAGCCCUGCUGAAGCUAAUGGUGGAAGUCGAAGCCCGAGCCCCAAGUACCGGAGGAACCAUGCAGAUGAAGAUGAUGAGGAUGAAGGUGAGUUUUGUAAUCAACGCUCCGGUAGAGAGAGCCAAUCACCUUGAAACUUUUGGUGGUAUCUUUCUGAAUGCAUUUUGUGAAGGCUGGACCUUGUGAGGACUAAUGAGAUGUUACUUGAAAGAAUCAGACUUGCAUCUAUAUUUGGGAUUAUUAUAUGUUAGUACAAUACUUGGUAUUUGAUGAAUACUAGACUAGCCAUUGAACAAUAUAAAACCUGUUCAAACAAUGAAAUUACAAAGUCUGGUGAAAUUCUCAAUGACAAGUUUGCUGGCGUCUUGAUGCAUA